GAAGCGAAACGAUGAGACAGCCGCAGAAGAGGGGGAAAAGGGAGAAAAAGAGAGUGAGUACGUGGCGAGCGAGCGAUCGAGAGAACGAACAAAUGAAAGAGAAGGAGUGAGAUAAGAAGAUAGUGCAACAGAGAAUGGGAAUAGGAUGCGAUGGCGGCGGCGGGUAUGGCAGGGGUAAGUCUUGCUAGGCGGGCAACCCGCUGGUGGCAUUGGCAGGUAUGGCGAUGAACACACGAGAAGUUUGUCGUCGCGUUGCGAUGAACGAGUGAAUAACAACGCCUUCGAGGUGUAACUGUGGCCCUCGCGAAAUCGAUCACAAGCAACGCUACACAGCUACUACUGAAAGUUGGUUAGUGAAUGCAAACCAAUGUUGAAGAAACAGAAAUACGAGUGUAGGAACGGUGCCGAUUCAAUGACAUGUAUUAUCUCGUGUGUGCGUUGCUUAUCAUUAUCGGUACACUGGGGGCGAAUCAUCCCCGAAUCGUUUACGCGAGCACCGACGUCAAGACGGAUUUGAUCAGCGUCGCCAAGUGUUGUGAGCCAAAGGAGAUUCUCGUCGACGACACGUGCACGCCAUUGACGGAAACGAAUGAAACGGUGUGGCGACCUGAAUUUGUGGACGAGGUGAACGGUAUAUCAAAAAAUAGACCGCUUACGCCGAAUUAUCAAUUGAAAAUCGGAAGACCCAAGUGUCAGUCUAACGAGCAUCAAUGGAACGUGUAUCAUUAUCGAUCCGGCGAAGAUCGCCUCGCGAUAUUGACAACUGGUGUGUUGCGACACUACACCACCGAUUUGACAAAGAGAAAGCACGCACACGGCAGUAUUUAUGGAUUUGAUGCUCUGGAUUCAAUGGAUGAGGAUGAUCUCGAAACGGUGUCUAUUCAUUAUGAUUAUCAAUUCGGACAUUAUUGCGCUGACAAAGCAAUUUUGAGCAGAGACCGACUGGUAGCGACGUACGCAAUGAUCUGUGUACCCGACGUAGUCGUCGGCUGGACCGAUACAAAUUACUUGAUGAAACACGCGAUCGAUCCUACCUUCCAUGCAAUAUCAAUAGCCAGUUAUCUGGUAGUCGCGGUUGUCUAUUUCGUUCUACCACAGCUGCGUGAUCUUGUGGGAAACAUGAUAACUAGUAUGACUCUGUGCCUUAUAGCCAGUCAAUGUGCUUCUACGGUCAGAAUCUUCACGGAAUUCGGCAAUCACGUCAGUUUCAUGAUUGCCGAUACCGUCAUGUAUGUCUCGCUGCUAGCUGCAUUUUUCUGGUUGAAUGCUUUGGGUUAUUACGUAUGGAGCACUUUUCGUUCACGAAAUGUAUUUCUAAGAGUAACUGAUGGCAGAAAAUAUUGUUACUAUUCCACGUAUGUCUGGAGCUCGACGGUUUGCAUAGCAGGCACAGCGAUUUUCGCACAUUUCGCCUUAGAAACUAUUAAACCCCUUGUUAACGGAACGAUGUAUCCGCCUCAGGAAACAAUCGGUUGGCUCGGUAUUUCCGUGUUAUUUACGUCAAUCGUGUUUACGAUAAUGGUCGAUUUAUGCUUCGUUUUAACAACCGCGAACAGAAUAAAACGGAUGAGCACAUACGGUCGAAUUCAUCAUAAAAUGAAAUACAGCUUUAGAAUGUUUAUUUUUUUGUUCGCAAUAAUGAGCACUGGUUGGUUAUCGUUACUGAUGUCGCGCCUGAAUUACGAUGCAUUAGAAUAUUGUCACAUAAUUAUUAACUUGCUUCAAGCAAUUUUAAUAUUAUACGUUUGUGUGUUUGGGCAAAGGAGAGUUACAUUCUUACUUGGUAAAACAUGUAAUUGUUGUAAUUCAGGAGAAAAUAUCGAGGGACUUGACUGGGGCGAAGAAAUGACUGCCAUCAAUGCGGGAUAUUAA